CAUUUUAUUACCUUACAAGAUAGAUCUCUAUCGCCGGCGGUUCGCGACUCCCGGCAUCUGCGACUGCGCGGCCGAAACGAAACGGAGAGAGGCGUGCGAAUUCGCGGGGGAUCAAUAUGACCGAUCGUCGGAUGCACGUGAACGUCUCCUUUCGCGCAAAUGACGUAACGGCCGCGGUAUUAUAAGCAGUAAAAAUGGCCGGCGCCGUGUGGGCCGAGGACGAGAUCGGACGAAAGUGGGACCGCUGCUUCACGGACGCCAUCCUCAAGCUGGGUGGCGGCGUGGCUCUCGGCGGAAUCUUCUCUCUGUUUUUCUUCAAAAGAAGGAAGUGGCCCAUUAUAACCGGUGCUGGCUUCGGAUUAGGUAUGGCAUAUUCCAAUUGCCAGAAAGAUCUCAAUGCAUCGAUACACCAGCAGAGACCUAAAAGUUGUAAACUUGAGAGCAAGAAAUAAUUAGAGCAAAUUGUAAAAAA